GCGAAAAAAGUAUUGUGUUGUGAGUCUAGUCUAUAGAAAGCACAGCACUAUUGGUGUGUCUCAUAGUCUGACUGUUGAAGCGAUUCAUUGCUUUCAUUGUAUUGACUAUUGAAGUCAUUGUUGGCCUCAAACACACCGACACUACUAUUGAAGACAUUUGUUGCCAUCGAUUGCCGUUUCAGACAAUAUGGGUGUUGAGGUGCAGACCAUUCAAGAGGGAGACGGGUCGACUUACCCGAAGACAGGCCAAACAGUUGUCGUUCACUACACAGGCACUUUGAAUGACGGAUCAAAAUUUGAUUCAUCGCGAGACAGAGGAAAGCCUUUCAAGUUUAAGAUCGGCAAAGGAGAGGUCAUUAAGGGCUGGGAUGUCGGUGUGGCACAGAUGUCUGUGGGUCAAAGGGCAAGACUGGUGUGUUCUCCCGACUUUGCUUAUGGCAGUAAAGGACAUCCCGGUGUGAUUCCUCCCAACUCUACCCUUACCUUUGAUGUGGAGCUCUUAAGACUCGAGUAAACGAUAUGACAAACUAUCGGAUCGUGUAAUACAUAAAUAUUGCGAAAAUGUCUUCUUAUUUCUAAUUAUUUCAAAACCUUUUAUAUCAAUUAAUUAUAUCUAAAAACUAGUGAAACAAUUAAUAAAAAUCCAAUAUUAAAGUUUUAAGACAUAGUUGUAAACAUCAAAUCACUAACAACAACAACAACUACUACUUUAUUGAUAAUUAUUKAAUAAAAUUUGAUUUUAUCGACUGUGUCUCUACCUUUCCCUUUGCAUAUAAGAUAAACACAAAGAAAAAAAUUAACUAAUUUUUCAAUAAUUAUUAUAAAACAUGAGAAACAAAAACCUGUAUUUUAUUCACAAUUUAAACAUUUGUAGACAUUUUUAUUAGUUUAUUGGAUGUAAUAAGUAAUUGAUUGUCUUUUGUCUUGUUUUUCCUAAAUUCAUGCAAAAUAUACAUCAUUUAAUAAAAUU